AUACUGGUAUGUGGGUAAAGCCUUUGAUCAUUGAUAACCGAUUAGAAUCGCUGCCUUCUUCCUUUCUUCUUUAUCGACUCUUUUUGUUUUGCAAAUCGCUACCUUCUCUUUCUAUUUCCAUAUUUCCAUAUUUCCAUAGCCAAUGCUUCGAACUACAGCUUCCAAUCUUCCUAAACUCGCGCAAUCCUUCUUCUUCCACACUUCAUUCUCUAAAUCAACUUUAUCUUCUUCUUCUUCUUCUUCUUCUUCUUCUUCAUCCUCAACAUUUUUGCAAUCAAUUCCUGAAUCCGAAGCUAAAUUAAUCGUCAACCCUCUUUACCAUUUUCUUCCACAAAACCAAAACCCCUUCAAUAUCGUUGAACUCGUCUCUUCGCAUCUUAAAACGAACAACCCCAGGUUAGCUCUUCUUCAAUCCCACAUUAAAGAGCUUAUUCCUCACUUGGGUCAUCGUCAAAUCUCCAAGAUUUUAUUGAGGUGCCAAUCUAAUUUCGUCUCUGCUCUUGCUUUUUUCAAUUGGGUUAAAUAUGAUUUGGAUAUUAGACUUAGUUCUCACAAUUAUUGCCUAAUUAUCCACAUUUUGGCUUGGUCUCGACAAUUUCCUUUGGCGAUGAAGUUUUUGUCUGAAUUGAUUGAAUUGUCUAAAGAUGUCUCAAGUAGUGAGGAUGUUUUUCAGAAUUUGGUAUUGUGCACUGAGCACUGUAAUUGGAACCCUGUUAUCUUUGAAAUGCUAAUUAAGGCAUAUGUGAAGUUGGAUUUGAUUCAUGAAAGUUAUUGGAGCUUCAAGAAGAUGGUGAAAUUGGGUUUUGUCCCAAAUGUGAUUGCUUGUAAUUGUAUUCUAAAUGGCCUGGCGAAGAUGAAGUCUGAUGCCCAAUGUUGGGAGCUUUAUGAAGAGAUGGGGAGGAUUGGAGUUCACUCAAAUGCAUAUACUUUUAAUAUUUUGACUUAUGUUCUGUGUAGAGAUGGGGACGUGAAUAAGAUUAAUGGGUUCUUGGAAAAGAUGGAAGAGGAAGGGUUUGAUCCCGACGUUGUGACUUACAAUACUUUGAUUGAUAGCUAUGUCAGAAGAGGUAGAUUAGAAGAUGCAUUUUACUUGUAUAAGAUAAUGUAUAGGAGAGGUGUGAUGCCUGAUCUUGUUUCAUAUACUUCCUUGAUGAGGGGUCUUUGUAGGUUAGGAAGGGUAAGAGAAGCCCAUCAGCUAUUUCAUCGAAUGAUUGACCGAGGAAUGGAUCCAGACGUUGUGUUGUACAAUACGCUAAUUGGUGCAUAUUGUAAGGAUGGAAUGCUGCAAGAGGCAAGAUCAUUGCUACACGAGAUGAUUGGAAUUGGUAUUCACCCAGAUAGUUUCACUUGUAGGAUUUUGGUGGAAGGAUAUGGAAGAGAAGGUAGGUUGAUCUCAGCUUUGAAUUUGGUUGUAGAGAUUCAGAAACUUGGAGUCACUGUUGCUCACGAUAUCUACAAGUAUCUUAUCAUAUCAUUGUGUCGAGAAGAUCGUCCAUUCGCAGCUAAAAGUCUUCUCGAGAGAAUUCUUGAAGACAGUUUCCAACCUGAUUCUGAUAUCUACAAUAAGCUUAUUGAAUCUUUCUGUAGAAGUAAUAAUGUGUCUGAGGCACUACUUCUGAAACUGGAAAUGAUAAACAGGAAUUACAAACCUACCACUGAUACAUAUAAGUCUCUCAUACACUGUAUGUGUGAAAUCAACAGAAGUGUAGAUGGUGAAGGUCUAAUGGUGGAAAUGGUUGAAUCUGAAGUGAUUCCAGAUCAUGAAAUAUGUAGAGCAUUGGUAAACGGAUAUUGCAAAGAAGGCAAUGCUGAUAAAGCAGAAUCAUUAUUGGUCUCAUUUGCCAAAGAUUUUCAGUUCUUUGACUCUGAAAGUUUCAAUUCUCUGGUUAAGGUUUACCGUGAUGUGGGUAAUGAAACAAAGUUGAUGGAGCUGCAAGAUCGAAUGUUAAAAGCAGGGUUUCUUCCAAAUAGCUUAACGUGUCGAUACAUUAUCCAUGGAAUAUGGAAAUCCAUGAGACUCAACAAGCAGAGAGUUCAAACAGUAGCAGUAUAAAGACCUGUUUAGAAUGACUUUCUAAAUGAACAAAAUAUUUCUAUUCCACUUAGAGACGCCUUAUUUAUUCUGAACUGAAUCAAAGUCUCGUGUAUAGAAAGAAAUGUGCGAAGGCAAUGCAUCGUUCAUUCAAUGCUUACUCAUUUAGUGAUCUUGGCAUCAUCUAAUUGAGUGAGUUGAGAGAUGGAUUUGAACACUGUGAAUUGAAAGAUGAUAAUGUCUCUCGAAAGCAAGACAAGAUGUGUAUGCCAGAAAUGAAACAAAGGGCCCAUUUGGUUCUCAACAUUUUUUUAUCCAGUCAUAUAGGAAGUGAUAGCACAAUAUGCAAGUUUAGUCCAUACUAGCCUCUUAAAUUAUGGCUUUACUCCCAAAAUGAAUCCUUCAUAUUGGAGAUACGAUAUGGUUCAAUCACGACCUUUCCCUCCACGUAGGUUCUCAACAUUAGACUCGUGCCUGAGCUCUCGAGAAAUUACUUUCAAAGUUCUUUGAGGAGGGCCCUUUUUGGAGGAAUCUCAUUGUUGGGAGGCUUUUCAGACUAUCUCAUUGUCAUUUGGAGCUUUAGGAGUAAAUGAUGUUUUUGCUGCUGUGGUAUACGUUCUCCUUACCAAGUAUGUUACUCGAUUUUAUUACAGUCGACCAAAGGUAACCUUCCCCAUUGCUGUACUGAACAACUUCAAAAUGGGUUUCGCUUGUGGUCUUUUCAUUGAUGCUUUCAAACUUGCUAGUUAACAGCACUUGAUGAAACCAUUCUGGUGGUUGCUAUAGCAUUUACAUUUGUAAAGUCCUUUGAACAAUAAUUUUGGUCUUACUCUAUAUCUUUACAGCUUGUUCUAAUCCUUUUUUAUGAACUUUUUUCUAUUUUCCCCUUUCAACAUACGGUUUACAUUGAAGAAUUUAAUGUUCUAUUCAGCCUCAAAUCAAAUAUAGUAACAAAUUUGAAUGUAAUUGAUGAGUUUUAAGAGUUUAAUUCUUGUUUAUGUAUUGAAAUGCAUUGACUAUCUGCGACAACAAAUUUAAGAUUGUAAGUUGUUAAUAAGAUACAAGCUUUCACCUAGUGUACUUCAGCAGAACCAUAAUGUGUAGUCUCUUGGCAUUAUUCUGUUUACUAUUGUUGUUAAGAGUACCUCUUAUAUCUUGGUUUGAUUCAAGGAUAAGCUGUAGAUGUAUAGAAAUUUAUGCUGAUACACAAUUUAAAUGAUAUUGAUCUUACCUUCUUAUCUUUUGGUUUGAUUCAAGGCUGUUGUUGUAGUCUGUAUUUUGCGACUAACUGGCAUUUCUUUCAAACUUUCAUAUAAAUAUUUGUUUAAGUUUCUUUUGUAGAUUGGAGAAUAUGAAGGAACCAUAGGCACAUGUCUUACACUGAAGUCAUGUUCUCUAAUGUAGAGGAAGUCCCUGAAGCUCAACCAUCUGAAACAAAUCGUUGCUCGAGAGAAGCAGUUGAACCAAAACAAGCAACCAAAAAGGAGUUGAAGCCCAUUUGCCUAUGUACAUAAGAUCCUUCAAUUUAAGUGACUUGAUUUUACUAUUCCAAGCUCAAUAUCUUAGUGCAUCAAAGAGACUAGUGUGAUUUCAUCUUUGUAUAUAUUGAGCUGUAAGUUUUAUGUAUAUGUAGAUGCAAUGGGACAGAUAAGGUAAGAAUUUAGAUUAGUUGUCUUUACUCAUCCAAGUAAAGAGGUACAGGGAAAGGGCUAUUCUUCUUCAAUGCAUGAAGUUUGUAAAACAAAACAACCUUUGAAUGUUUGGAUUAUCUAUUCCUCUUUCUAGUUUUAUUGA